AUGACAACAAAUGCAAUGCUGCGAAUGCGAUCAAAGUCCAUUUCGGAUGUGUUCGCCACCAGUGAAUGGGAUGAAGAUAAAGAGGAUUUGAUACCGAGACAGAAACAAGACAACACCUUAAAAAGUACACUAGACAAAUGGAAGAGGUCUCUCAACCUGAACCCUCGCACGAAUGAUCAACAACCUUUCGACAGACGAACCAGUCGAGCAAACUCUUUUUUCAGUCGUCCACCACUUAAGAUGUGGGAGAAUCGUCGAGCAUCGUUGAGCAGUCUCAAAACACAAAUAAAGGAUAGAAUAACAGGAAAGUCAAAUGAAAAUUUGGCAACAAGUCGUGAUGGAAACACUUUUCAACGACAACAAAGAAGUCGAUAUGAGGAAGAGGAAGAUUAG